AUUGUAUUGACGGUAGUAUCUCAAACUAAGAACUAAACCGGAAAACCUACACACGUAACUACCUAACGUUAGGAACAUUUAACAAGGAGGCUUUUAUUCGUUUAGCGUGACACCGGAACAAAAUCAAAAGUUUGAGUUCAUUUUAUGAGCACAUCACCUCCCGCUCUCCGAGAGAUCCAUGUUACCAUAGCAAUGGAUAGAAGCAAAUGGGAGAAGAUACUCACUUGUUUUCAGGCAUCUGCACGUGGAUACUUGGUGAGAAACGAAGUCCGUGGUGCGCGAGAAGACUUUGAGGACAUCGUGAAAGAGAUAGAUGGAGGCUUAGCCCACGUAGAGUGGAGAGAGACGGUCAUCCCCAUUCCCCACUUCUCAUACACUGACGGCCCAUUUCUGCGAGCCAGCAGCUCUGCCAGCAAAGGGUCAAAUCCAGGACUAGAUGUCUGUGCCAGCCCCCUGAGACCAUCAUCAGCAUCCGUAUCAGAGGAGAGAGGAGGUCAUCGGGUCCUGCUGGAGAAGAUAGAAGCAGAGAGAGAUGAUUCACAAUCCAAAGGACAGGCUUCUAUUUCUAAUUACUAUUUCCACAGCAGCAAUGUUAGAGGGGAUGAAGAGGGACAGAAAGAGAGCACUGUGGGGGAGAACGAUGGAGACUCCACCACCGUCUGGAGCAGUUUGGAGCUGGACAUGAAUUAUGGUCACUCUCACAAAGGCCCCCAGCAGUACUGCUUGGCUCAGGAGGUGCCCUGUACCCCAUUGGCCUUGCGUCUCCAUAGAAACACCCUGACCAUGGAGCUGGUCUGGCUCCAACAGGCCAUUGGCAGCAGGAAAAAGUACUUGUCACUGAAGGAAAGUCUGAGUGUAUCCUGACAGCCGAAGUAAUCUGAACUGGACUUGAUAAUGUAUGACUGAAGGCGUGUUUGCUAUCAAUUAACUAAACUCAUUAAAGUGGAAUUUUUUAAGCUAUUAUUUUUGUACAUAGACACUAUAAAUAAAUUGCUUUACUUGGUAUUGAUCA